UUAUUCACACAAAUGAUGUAUUUCCAUGUGUAUUGGUAAUUUAGCGGCAAAAGACAAACGUCGCACCCACCGACAAAGUAAUUAUAACUUCACUUUUGAAGCCGGUGCCAAGAGCAAAAUCUGCUUUUGAUUGAUUGAUUGUAUAGAGCUGAAGAAUAGAACAUUUUUAUUUAAUCGCGAGUUUGAUCGAAAUCAAGAUGAAAAGAGGAAGAAAACCAAAACUAAUCGUUUUCAAACUGUCUAGCAUAAAACAAAAACGAAAGUCACAAUAUCCGGACAGCGUUAGCUAUGUUCCCGAACAAAUUAUUGAGAAGCACAAAAAUGAGGCGUUGUACCGUGUUCGUUGGCCGUCUACGUGGGAGCAGGAGAAGAAUUUAUUGGAAUGUAAGGCAUUGGACCUAUUCCUUAAUGGCAACACCGAAAACGAAGACGGAAACGACGACGACGACACUGAAGUUGUGAGUGAACAUCAAUCACAAGUGGACGAAGAAGUGUGGGAAGUGCACAAAAUUAUCAGAAAACGAAUCGUCAGAAAGAAGAUGGAGUACUUGGUGAAAUGGAAAGAUACUUGGAUGUUGCGUGACGAUUUAAAUGACAAUUGGCCGAGUCUAAUUGUCAAUUUUGACAAUGCUGAACAGCAGAAACAACAUCAGCAUCUGAAGGAGCAAGUAUUGAAUCAAGGACAAGAACAUGAACUGGAUUUGCAACAGCACCAAACUCAUCAGAAAUCCGAUAUAAAUGCAAACCAUACGGAGCCGGCAAAGAGAGCAAACCUGAAACGGAAACGCUUUGAAGACGCAAACGAUAAAAAUGAGGCAAAAUACCCUACGAAGAGAUCCAGAACGGAGAGGAUGCAAGAGGACGUUGACGAUGACGACAACGAUGAGAAUCGCUUACAAAUUAUUGUCGAUGACGCUGAAAUCAAGAAGAUUCUAGCCCGAGGAACAUUUCACGGCGAAGAAAUGUUCCGGUUUGAGCGAUUAAACGGCAACGGGUAUGCAGUCAUUCCGAUCAAAGUGGCGAACAUGAAAUAUCCUAAAGCAGUGAUAGACUUUUAUGAAAGUCACAUUGUGUAUCAUCCAUAAAUCAAGAGUGAGAAGAAAACGAUGUAGAGAAUAAGACCAAUCAAAAUGAGUGUCUGAAGAAAAAUUAUGUAAAAUUUUUAAUGAAAACUCAGAGUUCCCUUUGAAUAUUGUGUCGAUUUGCCGUAAAUAUUGUUCUAUUAUUAUUAUUAUUAUCAUUAUCAUUUUCUGUCGGAAUUCUUGAUGUAUCAACUGAACGAAAAAGCAAGACUUUGAAUUGUUUGAAAAGAAUGUUGUGAUGAAUAAAGUUGGCCAUUUACACUGAA